AUGCCAAACCAUUUAUUCAGAACUCAUCCAAGAACAUAUGGAAAGGAUUCAAGAGGUAAUACACAUUGAGAUUUCAUAGAAUGCAGAGUAUGCGGUGCUAGAUAAGGUUUAAUCAGAAAAUAUGGCAUGAAUACUUGCAGAAGAUGUUUCAGAGAGAAUUAUGAAUUAAUAGGUUUUCACAAGGUAAUAUAUUUGCUUAUAUUCAGUACAAUUGA